CGGGAAAAGUCACUAUCACUGCUCACAAGUAAAUAUCAUACUCUGUGGACCGUUCUCCUCUGUCUGCAUUUUGUGAAGAUAAGGUGUCCUCUCAACACAGAUACCAUGUACUUCCAAUCCCCUAAAUUUUAGGGUUUAAGAGCAUAUUCCUUCCUUGUUCUUUUCCACUAAUAAUAUGGCAGCUGUUAGUUCCAUUUUCCUCAAUAUCAGUGCACACCCAAUUAGAAGACUAUCUAAGGGAAAGAGUUGUUUCUUCAGGUUUAGUAGAAUUUGUGUUGUAUCUUCACAUACAAAUCAAAAGAUUCUGAAACCCAAUAGAAAGUCUAGGUUUGGGCAGCCAAUAUCGCCUUAUGACUCUGAGUCUGAUGAUGAUGAUGAAGCUGACAGUUCUGAAGAUGACGACGACGUUUUGACUUCUGAUGAUGAACCUCUAGAUGUUAAAGUUUCUGUUCGUGAUCAGCAGCGCCUGAAGUUUCAGAAUGCAACACAAACCAGACGAGACAGUCAUCACCAUUCAGAAAGAGGAUUGAACGCAAAGUUGGGACACCGGAGGCAAACUCCUGAGAUAACCCAAGAUUGCAGAGAAAAGGAGGCAAGCGGGAGCCUGGCUAAGGACAGAUUUAGUCAUCUAGCAGAGGAACUAGAUCUGGAUGAGAAAUGGUUUCCGCUUCUUGAUUACCUAAGUACCUUCGGAUUUAAGGACUCUCACUUCGUCCAGAUGUAUGAAAGGCACAUGCCUUCCCUUCAAAUAAAUAAGACUUCUGCACAGGAAAGGUUGGAAUUCUUGUUGGGUGUGGGUGUCAAACAUAAAGACAUCAGGAAGAUAAUAUUGAGGCAGCCUCAACUUCUUGAGUAUACUGUGGAAAACAAUCUGAAAUCCCAUGUCACAUUUUUGGCUAGUUUGGGUAUCCCAGACUCAAGAAUAGGGCAGAUAAUUACUGCAACUCCGUCCCUUUUUUCCUACAGUGUGGAAAAUUCAUUAAAACCCACAGUAACAUACUUGCUUGAGGAGGUUGGUAUCGAGAAGAAUGACUUGGCUAAAGUCGUGCAGUUAAGCCCUCAAAUUCUGGUGCAGCGGAUUGACACUUCAUGGACAGCCCGCUUCAAUUUUCUCACUAGAGAAUUGGGUGCACCCAGAGAUAGUAUUGUCAAAAUGGUUAGGAAGCAUCCUCAAUUACUUCACUACAGCAUUGAGGAUGGAUUGCUUCCCCGGAUUAAUUUCUUGAGGAGCAUUGGAAUGCGCAAUUCAGAGAUAGUGAAAGUGCUAACUAGCAUUACACAGGUCUUCUCUCUAUCACUUGAGGGGAAUCUGAAACCUAAGUACAAGUACUUGGUUAAUGAACUUGGCAAUGAAGUGCGAUCAUUGACUAAAUAUCCCACGUACCUAAGCUUAUCGCUGGAUCAGAGAAUUAGGCCGCGCCAUAUGUUUUUGGUUUCUCUAAAGAGGGCUCCCAAAGGACCAUUUCCAUUAAGUUCAUUCGUCCCAACUGAUGAAUCUUUUUGUCAGCAGUGGGCAAGAACUAGCUUGGACAAAUAUCUUGAUUUUCGGCAGAGAUUGCUUCUAAAGGAACUUGCCAGAAAAUAUGAAAGACGAUAAUAUGUUUGAGCUCACUGGUAGCAGAUCUUCUGCCCUGCGUGCUUAUUAUAUAAGGCUAAUUUUGUGGAACGAUUUUGUAGCACUUAGGUGAAAUUUAAAGAUAUAUACACAUACCAAGGAACCAGGUCAUUUUCUUCUUUACACAUUUAAGACAUACAAUUUCAGCAGUUAAAGUGGGACUUCUGCACUACCUUGAGGUUUGACGUCAAAUCACACAAACAAAACCCUAUAUUUUCAAGGUAUAGCAUGUCUUUUUUUUAGAAAAAGAUCUUUUUUGGAAAUUUAAUUGCAAGUGUAAUUAUAUAAUGGUACAGUUUAUAUUGUGAGAUACUGCACAAAAUUUUGACAUCAUCAGCUGGCUGUUGUAAUAUGUGGCCAUUUUACUACAUGUUUGUACCUUGCUGCAAAUGUUCAAAAGGCAGCUUUGGAGACCCUUUCGUUUACUGAGAAAAUCUCAGUUAAGGAACUUAUUGAAAUCAAUUUGUUGGCUAGUUCUCUCUGACAUUUGUAAAUAAUUGUGUUUCUUCUGGUGCAUAAUCUGAGUGCAAAAACUUUGUAAAAUAAUACUAUGUAAAAAGCUUCUUCUAUCCUUCGGUCCUCAAAUGUUUUUCUUGGUCCUUCAAGUUAUUAUAUUCAAUCAUCUUUCUAUUA